AUGGUCGACUUCCGGCUCGUCGCCUGGCUUUCUGCCGCAGUCCUCUUAUUUACACCGUCCUUGACAUCAUCCAUUGACAAACGAGCAGGUACGACAGCUCGUCUGUCAGGCGGCCAGAUCGUCAUGGGCGCUGGCACAUACCCUCGCGCCAACUUUUUGCAGGACGGAUCUAUCAUCGGUGCCUAUACUGCGUCUGUAAACAACAACAUGAUAAUCACCGCUGUGCAUUCAACUGAUGGCGGCAAUACCUGGAACGAGAUUGGUACUGUAGCCCAGGCAGAUGCAUCUACUCAUGACCUUGACAAUCCAUACCCUUUCCAAUUGCCCUCUGGCCGGAUUCUGAUGGCGAUGCGGAAUCACGACAGGACAACUGAUCCUGGUACCGGCAAGGUGACAUAUACCUUCUUUCGUAUCACUAUCUGCUAUUCUGACGAUGGUGGCACGACAUGGUCAUACUUGAGUACACCAGCCUCGGACCCAGGUUCGGUCAAUGGUAACUGGGAGCCAUUCCUACGUAUGGCUGAAGAUAACAAGACGCUACAACUAUACUACUCUCGUGAGAACUCGCGGGCUGACCAGGACAGCCUGAUGCGCACGUCAAUUGAUGGUGGCAGUACCUGGAGCGGCGCUACGGUGAUUUCUGGUGGCGACACGACUAGCACUCGUGAUGGCAUGCUUGGUGUGACAUUAAUUAGUGGCACUAACCUCAUUGCUGUGUUUGAAUCGAUUGAUACAAGUGUUACAAACGGCCACUUCGGCGUCUACUCAGUUACCAGCUCCGACGAUGGUCAGACAUGGGGUAACCGUCAAACCGUGUACGCACCGGAUGGAUUCGAUGCCCAAUCACCCCAAGUCACCAACGUUGGCGGCACGCUCGUCUGCAGCUUCCAGACCGAUGAAGACCUUUCCGCCCCUGACUUCAGCGCCGAGGCCGGCAAGAUCGUGACCAGUGGCGAUGGCGGCGCAACAUGGGGAAAUAAGUUGACCUUUUCUCCUGCUGUUAGCAAUUGGGGUGGUCUAUUGGCUAUCGACGACACCAGCCUCUUUGCUCUGGUGGAUCGUUCGGGAGCAAAGGCGCAAAAAGUCAUUCUCGCCUGA